AUGGGUUUUAUACCUACUUAUUCGCUCCAUGUAGGUGCAAUACCUAUGUUGAAUCAAGUAAUGAGUGCCACCAGAGGUGCCACCGAUGCAUUUUCUGGUGUUAGCAGGCAUGUCAACACUUCUUUGAGGAAGUUGGGAGCUAAUAAUGUUGAAGUGGGUGUUGGAUGUGGAGUUGGUAUGCCACAUCAAUUCUUUUCCAACUGUCUUGCUGUGAAACCAGUGGUUUUGAAUCAAAUUCAAUCUUGUUUUGUAGAUGUAAUGACAAAGAUGAUGACAAAGAUUGGACUUAGUCCAAGUUUAGCAUUUAGUCAGGGUGCAUUUCCACAAUCCUUGCAAAGUGCUGUAAGCACAGUCAAUACUAACCAAAGUUCUGCUGGAAGCAUGAUGCAGUUGGCAACUAAAUCAACUGAUCAAGUAUCUCAAGGUCAGCCAGAGCCUCAACCUGUGCAAAUUGGUUCUGAUUUUGAAAAUAAUCCAUUAAGAGGCACUGCAGUUGGCUCUGCAUUUGGCAGCAGAACUGAGAAGGUUAUUAGCAACUUUCUGCAAAAUCCACUAUUGAAGGGAGAAGGAGGAGGACUUGAUGAAGCAGUUGGACGUUUGCAGUCAGAAAGGACGAUGCUUCAGAUGGUUUUGAAACACCAGCAAAUCAUUGAAAAACUUGUGGAGGAAAAUGAGAGGCUUCGGCGGAUACUAAUGGAGGACCUGAAAAUACCAUCUAGGAAACUUGAAGCAAGUUCUUCAGGUACCUUGCCUAUUGCAAAAGGAAAUAAUGACGGUAAAAAAGAGUAG